AUAAAGUCGCAAAACUUGUAUUUUAAUUGUUUAAUCUCAUUUUUAUAUUAAUCAUGUUUUACAUUUUAGUCAAAACGUGUGUUUUUGAGCCACGAGCAGACAUUUGAUUUUCCUAUCUAUGCUUAUUAUUAUUACAGGUGAUGAGCUCAUUCGUGAAUUUUUGGCGGAUACACCAAUAUUGAAGUCUCUAUAUUAUUAUUUCUAAGACACACUAUAUCAAUAAGUGAAAGGCAAAUAAGAAGAAUUCUUAAAAAAUAUGGUCAUAGGCGAAGAGGUGGAAAUGACGAAGAGUCUAUAACAGCUGCUAUAAGAGAGGAAUUGACUGGAAGUGGACGGUGCCUUGGUUACAGGGCUUUAGCGAAAAGACUCCUGUCAAAAUAUGGCCUACGUGUUGCUAGGGACAAGGUUUACACUUUAUUAAAGUUAAUGGACCCCGAAGGGGUGAACCUUCGCAAGAAACACCAACUGUCAAGGAGAAUAUAUGUCAACAAAGGUCCAAACUAUUUAAUCCACAUAGAUGGGUAUGACAAGUUGAAGGCCUAUGGCUUUGCGAUACAUGGUGGAAUAUGUGGAUAUUCUAGACGAAUUUUAUGGCUUCGUGUUGGUAGAACCAACAAUGAUCCAGAGGUGGUUGCAGGCUAUUUUUUAGAAUAUUUGCUUGGAAUUGAAGGAGUUCAUCGAUGUAUUAGAGCCGAUAAAGGCACAGAGAACAAAAUAAUUGAGAAUAUCCAGAAGUCACUAAGAUGGUAUCAUGGAGAUGACAUGGCUGGUGAAAAAAGCUUUUUGUAUGGACCAUCACCGGCAAAUCAGCGGAUAGAAAGAUUCUGGCGGUCUGCAAAACAGGGUGGUUGUCAGUUCUGGAUGGAUUUAUUUAAGGAUUUAGAAGCUUCAGGAGAGAUUAAUACCGAAAAUGGCCAAAACAAAGAAUGUUUCAGGUUUUGCUUCACAAAUCUCAUUCAAAAAGACUUAGACCAAAUCCGUAAAGACUGGAAUCAACAUAAGAUGAGACCAACUAAAGGGGCAGAGUGUCCUGCAGGCAAACCAGACUUGUUAUAUUUUACUCCACAAUUGUUUGAUACAGUUGAUUACAAGACCGAAGUUGCUGUUGAAGAUCUUGAUAGUUUUAGUCAGUUUUGUAAAUUUUAUGGACCCAACGGUUGUUUAAGAGAAUUUGAAAAUGUAUGCUCAGAAUUGUUAGUGCAGGCCGGAAAAGAGAUGCCAAAUGAUCCAGAAGAGGCAUUAGAAUUAUAUAGUUGGCUAAAAAUGAGAAGUGACUAAUUAAACAUACAGUGUUUGUGGACCCUCUAGAGGGUACAAUUUUUAUAUGAUUUUGAUGAAACUUGAAAUGUAUGGUUAUAGAAUAUAACCCAAAGAUCUUGAUUUCUUUCGAUGUGGUCCCUCUAGAGGUCACAAUUAUUAUCCGAUUUACAAAACCGUUCCACUGUAUAUUUCACUGUUACAUAGUUAUGAUGGUUGAGCUCGAAUUUCAUAAAAAUUGGACUGAUAGUGUAAAAGUAGGUUAUGUAAUACCAUGGUUGUUAAUCAUCUGGAGGUCACAAUUUUUUUUAUCAAAUUUUGAUGAAAAUAAAAAUAUGUUUUUAUCCUA